AUGUCCUGCCAGCAGAGCCAGCAGCAGUGCCAGCCCCCUGCCAAGUGCCCUCCUAAGUGCCAAACCCCAAAGUGCCCUCCAAAAUGCCCCCCAAAAUGUCCUCCCAAGUGCCCCCCUGUGUCUUCCUGCUGUAGCCUGGGUUCUGGGGGCUGCUGCAGCUCUGGUGGCUGCUGUGGCUCUAGCUCUGGUGGCUGCUGCAGCUCUGGGGGUGGAGGCUGCUGCCUGAGCCACCACAGACCCCGCAGAUCUCUCCGUCGCCAUCGCCAUAGCUCUGGAUGCUGUAGCAGUGGUGGCAGCAGUGACUGCUGUGGCAGCAGUGGCUGCUGUGGCAGCAGCGGUGGCAGCAGUGGUUGCUGUGGCAGUAGCCAGCAGUCUGGGGACUGCUGCUGA